UCUCUCUCUUCUACUCCCCAGAAAAACACUCUAUCUCACUCUGUCUCUGUGUGUGUGAAAAUGGAAGUAGUGAUAGUGAAGGAAGAAGAGACGACGGUUAUAUCAUCGUCGUCGUCGAGCUUGUCGUCCUCUUCGUCGCCGAGGCCUAUGGAGGGGCUUCACGAUGUGGGUCCGCCUCCGUUUCUCAGCAAGACGUUUGAAAUGGUAGAAGACCCUUCUUCUGAUUCGGUUGUCUCGUGGAGCAGAGCUCGCAAUAGCUUCGUCGUUUGGGACUCUCACAAGUUUUCUACGACUCUGCUUCCUAGGUACUUCAAGCACAACAAUUUCUCUAGCUUCAUUCGCCAGCUCAAUACCUAUGGUUUCAAGAAAGUUGAUCCAGAUCGAUGGGAAUUUGCGAACGAAGGGUUUCUGGGAGGUCAGAAACAUCUCCUGAAAACCAUCAAGAGGCGAAGAAAUGUUGCGCAAAACAUGCAACAAGAAGUAGGGGCUUGUGUGGAGUUAGGUCAAUAUGGAAUGGAAGAAGAACUCGAAAGGUUAAGGAGGGAUCGCAACAUGUUAAUGGCGGAAAUUGUAAAGCUCAGACAACAGCAACAGAAUGCGAGGGAUAAGGUAAGUGGAAUGGAGGAAAGGAUACGAAACACGGAGAGAAAGCAACAUCAAAUGAUGAGUUUCCUGGCCAAAGCCCUAAGUAGCCCUUCCUUUGUCCAGCAAUACGUGGAUAAGUAUCUUCAGAAAAGAAAACAGCGAGGCGUUGAGAUUGGGCGUAAGAGAAGACUAACAAUGAGCCCUAGUGUAGAGAAUUUGGAAGAAGUCGCAUCAUUCACCGUAGAGAUUGGCCAAGAACAGGAGGAUCUGGUGAAUAUUGAAUCGGAUAUGGAGACAUUGUUCUCUGCUGCAUUGGACAACGAAUCGAGCAGUGAUAUAGACCCGAAACCUGAAUCUAUCUUAACAAGUAGUGGUACCAACUUGGAUAAUGUUAGUGAGACUAUGUGGGAAGAAUUCUUUACUGAAGGUGUUAUAGGUGGGAAUGAAGAGGGAGAAGUGUUGGUGGGCAAUCAAUUGGAAGUUGAUGUGGAAGUAGAGGAUUUGGCAACAACGUCUGCAGAUUGGGCCGAGGAUCUACAAGAGCUUGUAGAUCAGAUGGGAUUUCUCAGGGAAUGGUGGAAGUUGCAAGGAGGCCAAGAAAUGAUUCUAUUCUUCUGUAUCCUUCAAUUAUUUCCAGUUAUCAAAUUAGUUUUUUUUUUUUUUUUU